CGCUGCCGCGGACGAGCCAGAGGAUCUCGCGCGCGUAGAACACUGUCAAAAGCGACAUGCCCAGCGCCACGAGGCCCGCCAUUUUCCUAAUCAUGCGCGUCUCCUCGACCUUCUCGACCCACCGCUCCUUGCCGAUCGCGAGAAUCUCCUUCUGCGCCGCGUCGAGCCGCGCGGACUUCUCGCCUGUGUGGAAAUCAACCAGUGCGUCGGGUGCACCCGACAAUUCUUCACUAAAUUUCUCGGCGAUGACGCGGCCGUCCUGGCUCUGUCGAGCGGUGAGGAACCGGCAUCACCACGCCAUCGAGUAGGCGUCGCGUCGAUGGCGUGGAGGACGACGCGGCGAUUCAGCACGAACGCGCCGUAAAAUUUUGAUUUCCACACAGCUUCUCGCCCGUGCCGAUGCCGACGUCCACGAGCUCCUGGCGUACCGACGCCCAUCGUCCCUUGCCGACAGUGAUCCUGUUCGCCGGCGGCGCGGCGAAGGCGGCGAGCGCCCCGCCCCGGCCGGCGCCGCCGACGGGCCGCCGCGGCUUCGCGAAGGCGUCCAUGGGCUCCACGCCGCCGGCCCGAUGCUCCCCGGGGGCAGCCGAGGGAACGGCGCGUGCGCCUCCUGCUCCUUGUUGGCCUCCUGCUCCUCCACUCUAGGACUGCGACCGCCACCCACUCACGCUGCCCCCGCGCUGGGCAGUCUACACACCACGCGCGAUCUGAGCUCUUUUGGCAAGGCCGUGCAGCGCUUAUAAGCGCUUCCCCCCCCGCUUAAGCACGG